AGCAUUUCGCAGGUAGCCGCGCUCCCACGCCCCCCCAUCCCCAUAUCAGCUGCAAUAGCGACAGGCAGGCCGCCCUGCGCGCUCCGCUUAACUUUUCCCGCCUCGCCCAUAUACAUAGCCCAGCCAGCCGUCGAGCAGCGCCGAGGAGAGUUCCCGCCCCGUUUUGACUUUGAGGGAGUUUUCCCCAGUUUGCUAGGGGGGGAAAGCAAGCCCACUCUCUUGUCCUGCCUCAGCUGCCUCCCCUCCAAAUAUAUAUAUUUUUAAAAACUGUGAUGAGGGUUGCUUGGAGAGAGUCGGAAGAGGGCUUUCUUUCCUCGACGGGGGCUGCCCGGUUGCUUCUGCUCCUGGGCUGCUGCGCGAUGGGCGGGCAGCCCUACAACCUGGACCCGCGGAGCGCGCUCGUCUUCCCGGGUCAGAACGGGACACUGUUCGGUUAUUCGGUGCUGCUGCACAGCGUGGGAAGCAGCAGAUGGCUUGUAGUGGGUGCUCCAAAAGCCAGCUGGCUUACAAACAGCUCCGUGGUGAAUCCAGGGGCGGUUUUCCGAUGCCAAAUUGGGAAUAAUCCUGGGAGAGACUGCGAAAUACUCCAAUUGGGUGACCCAAAAGGAGAAAAGUGUGGGAAAACCUGUAUAGAAGAAAGAGAUGAUCAGUGGUUCGGGGUGAGCUUGUCAAGACAGCCAGGAGAAAAUGGAUCCAUUGUUGCCUGUGGACACCGAUGGAAAAAUGUAUAUUAUAUCUCAGCGCACAAAUUUCCCUACGGCAUUUGUUAUGAGAUACCUUCCAAUUUUCGGACGCUGCUGAGUCGAAGAAUAUGUCCUUGCUAUACGGAUUACUGGAGCAAAUACGGAGACAAAUACGGAUCAUGCCAGGCUGGGAUAAUGUCAUUUUACACAGAGGAUUUAAUUAUUAUGGGAGCUCCAGGAUCAUAUUAUUGGACUGGAUCCAUCUUUGUAUACAAUAAAACAGCAAAUAACUUCCUUUCGUAUGUAGACGACAAUAAUCAAGUAAAGUCUGGGAGUUAUCUAGGCUACUCUGUUGGAGCUGGUCAUUUCCUGUCGUGGAAUAGUUCUGAAGUAAUUGGCGGUGCCCCCCAACAGGAGCAGACUGGUAAAGCAUACAUUUUUAAAAUCGAACAGAAAAAGCUUUCGAUUUUGUCUGAAUUAAAGGGCAAAAAGCUUGGUUCUUAUUUUGGAGCUACUGUCUGCGCUGUGGAUCUCAAUGGGGAUGGGCUCUCAGACUUACUGGUUGGCGCCCCAAUGCACAGUAAAGUCAGGGAAGAAGGAAGAGUGUAUGUUUACAUCAACUCAGGCUCCGGAGGAAGUAUGCUGGAGCUGGAGACGGCACUGGCUGGGAGUGAUUUGUACGCAGCGAGGUUUGGAGAUGCCAUUGCCAAUUUAGGAGACAUGGAUAAUGAUGGCUUUGAAGAUGUAGCCAUUGGGGCUCCACAGGAAAACGAUUUGGAGGGCACAAUUUACAUAUAUAAUGGCAGGAAAGAUGGGAUAUCACCGACCUUCUCACAGAGGAUACAAGGACAUCAGAUCAGCAACAGUUUACGAAUGUUUGGUCAGUCUAUAUCUGGGAGAAUUGAUGUAGACAACAAUGGGUAUUCAGAUGUGGCAGUUGGUGCUUUCCUGUCAGACUCUGCCGUGCUGCUGAGGACAAGGGCAGUUGUCAUUGUUGAAGCAUCCUUAAAACAUCCUCCCACAGUAAAUCGAACUAAACUGGACUGUGUGUUAAAUGGACAGCCAGCUGUGUGUGUGCACCUGACACUUUGUUUUAGCUAUAAUGGCCGAACAGUUCCAGGUUACAUAGUAUUGCUUUAUAAUCUAAGCCUGGAUGUUAGCAGGAGGCCAGAUACCGCAGCAAGGUUUUAUUUUUCCUAUAAUGGUACAUCUGAAACGACUUCUGGAAGCCUCAGCAUUUACAACAGCAACAACGUUACUUGCACAACUCACCAAGCAUUCAUGAGGAAAAAUGUGAGGGAUAUCUUGACUCCUAUACAUGUUGAAGCCACCUACCACCUCGGAGAGAACGUUCUAAAGAAUCAAAGUUCAGAUGAACUCCCACCACUCCAGCCAGUUCUUCAACAACGAACUGAGGAUGAUGUCAUACGCAGCAAGUUCAUGUUUGCAAGAUUUUGCUCUCAAGAAAAUUGCUCUGCUAACUUGCAAGUUUCUGGAAAACUUGCAUUCCCCAGGCCUCAUGAAAAGAAGCCCUACCUUGUAGUGGGAAGUACGAGGGUACUGAUGUUGAAUGUUACCUUGUACAAUGCUGGCGAUGAUGCCUAUACAACUGCCCUCCAUAUCCAGCUCCCCAAAGGGCUUUAUUUCACCAAAAUUCUACAGCAGGAGGAAGCCCAAAUACAUUGUGAAGUGUCAGAAACAGAAAGUCAUGCGGUGAGACUUGACUGCAGUGUGGGGCAUUUAUAUGUAGAUCACCUGUCAAAGAUGGAUUUCAGUUUUGGGUUGGAUGCAAGCUCACUUAGCAGGGCGGGAGAUGACCUCAGCAUCAGCAUUAAUGCAACCUGUGAAAACGAACUGGGCACUGACAUAUUGUUGGAUAACAGCCUAAUUUUAACAUUGCCUCAGAAGCACGAGGUUGAGCUGAGUGUUCAUGGAUCUGUAUCUCCAUCAUCAUUUGUUUAUGGACCCAGUGAGGAAAAUUCACCAGUUACCUGCAUAAAGGAGACGAUAAACUUCACUUUCCAUGUCAGCAAUCCGGGACUAAGUAUGGCUCCUGGUGUAAACCUGGUGAUACAGAUACCCAAUUCUUUUGUUCCCAGAGAAAUCAAGUUGUUUAAUAUUCUGGAUGUCCAGACGACUGAUGGAAACUGUACAUACAAGAAGUAUAUAAGAGACUGCACUCUGCCGGAGACAAAUGGAAAUAUAUUGCAAGAUCUCAUUACAUUCUUUACGAAGCUUGAUAAGAGGGGGCUGUACUGUAUGAAAGAUGACUCACUCUGUUUGCAAAUAUUUUGCAAUUUUGGAAACAUGGAAAACGGGAAAGAAGCAACUGUUCACGUUCAGCUGGAAGCAACUCCUUCAGUGUUGAAUAUGGAUGCAGCUUCUGCACUUACAUUUGAAGUAAAAGCGAGUGUUUCAGCAGAUCAGAAUCCUAAAGUCAUUGAACUGCACAAGGACAAGCAAACUACAUAUGUCAUUCUGGAGGGACUUCAUAACCAAAUACCAAAACCUAGUGUAACAAUGUUGCUCAUUGGACUGGGUUCCCUAGUUGGAAUUGCUUUGCUUUUGAUUCUUGCAUAUAUUUUAUGGAAGGUUGGUUUCUUUACAAGAAAAUAUAAACUUCUUCCUCAAGAACAGAAUGGAAGGGAAAGCUGGAGCUUUAUAAACAGCAAACAAGAGGACACCAGUGACAAUGAUUAAAAGUUUUUCUACAUAGUACAUGGAUAUUUUUUUUAAAAUCGAAGGCACCGUUUGCAAGAAUUGACAUGUCAUAAAUCCUUGCCACAGAUAUAUCCAAGUGAAAAGAAAGAUUUCACCUUUCUCAGCUUCCUACAAUACAAAUCGUAGAAUGUCUGAAGAAAAAUGGCAAAUAUAAGCGAGACCACCAAAGAUGAAGAAAAACCAGCGAAAACACUAUGAAAGAGCUACUACUUGCUAAAACGAAUUUUGGCCAGUUGAAUCAUACUUGAAUUAAGAGUGCAUAGCUCCACU